AUGAAUAUUUUCCGGAUCGUGGCCGAUCUUGCCCAUUUGGCCAGCUCGCUCAUUCUAUUGUACUCCAUCGAAACCAACAAGUCCAUCAAUGGCUUGUCCUUGAAAACCCAGCUUCUCUACCUUGCGGUUUUCAUUUUGCGAUACCUAGACUUGUUCACCAGCUAUGUUUCGCUUUACAACACGCUCAUGAAGCUUUUCUUCCUUCUGUCCUCGGCAUACACCGUUUACUUGAUGGCAAAGAAGUACCACCGCACUAUCCGCGAGGACAUAGAUACGUUCCCACUCAAAUUCUUGCUUAUUCCCGUUUCCAUAGUGACGUUGGUUUUCAACCACGCCUACUCUUUCCGGGAAUUGACGUGGGCCUUUUCCAUCUGGUUGGAGGCCGUGGCCAUUAUCCCACAGUUGUACAUGUUGCAAAGAACAGGCUCUGCCGAAAACAUCACCACCCAUUACAUUUUCGCCUUGGGCAUUUACAGAGCAUUGUACAUUCCCAACUGGAUCUACCGGUACUUCUUUGAAGGAAGCUUCGACUACGUGGCUGUUUUGGCCGGUAUUCUCCAGACCGUUGUCUACUCGGACUUUUUCUACAUCUACUACACAAAAGUGAUGCACGGCCAGACAUUUGAGUUGCCCGUGUGA